AUGCGUCAGGGUGCAGGCGGAAUCAGCAGCUCGAGAGAAAAAUCAGAAGCACGGGAAGUGCCUUAUCACGCCCAGGGACGCUCGCACUCGCCGCCUCGUGUCAGACACAGCGCCCAGAGAGCAGCACUGUCGCCUUCGGGUAGAGGAAGGACAGCGUGCAGCUCUCCCGCCGAAUCUGCAGUAGGCCGCGCGAGCAAUCUGGAGAACCGCUCUUGUUCCGGGAAACUGUCGUGUGUUGUGGUGGGAAUGCGUUCGGUUCUCGAGAAGCCGGAGUGCGUUUACUUUGUAACUUAUAAGCUAGAGAUGGCUUUCAAAUGUUUCAAGGUGUUCAUUGUAAUUGUUCUUCAAGGACAACUAGACGUCAUUCCAAAGAAGAAGCAGAGGUGUCCGAAGAUCCUGCGAGACAACCUGGUGGUGCGCAUCCGCUCUGCCGGGUGGAUUGCCAAGCUGAAAUGCCGCCGCCACUUCACCAUGGUGGAGGGCGACCCCAACCUCACCUGCGUCAGGAACGUGUGGAGGGGCAGAAUCCCCAAGUGCAUCACAUCCGGGUGCGAGAUCCUGCCAGCGCUUGCCAACGGGGAGAGGGUGUACCUGUAUGACAACGCCAUGAUCAGGUUUUCGUGUUCCCCGGGGUACACUCUCGAGGGCUCCCCAGCUCUCUCUUGCGACGGCAUUAAUUGGAACGACACAAUGCCAGUGUGCGUGGGCCAGCAGGCGGAUAUGAUGGCGUGCGACUUCGAGGACACCGGCGUGUGCGGGUGGACGGGCGAUCCCAAGUCGGACUUCCAGUGGGUGAGGAGCCAGGGCGUCGCGUACCAGGUGGGCACGGCGCCCAAGCGGGACCACACGCUCGGCCGACCCGAAGCCACAGAAAUAAAGGAAACAUUCAACCCCCGCGUUCCUUAUAUUUCCUGUAGGUGUUUCAUAGCAGAUCAUUGUCUGAAUAAUAAACGCAUUCUUUCUACAGGGAGCAUGAACGUAUACGUGAAGCAUGAAGGACGAUCACUGGAGCACCAAGCCCCGAUGUUUCAAGUGAACGGCUUCAAUAACAACUUUUGGUUCCACGAGGUCUUUAGUCUUAAUGCAAUGAGCGACAACUUCCAGAUCGUGAUGGAGGUCGUGCAUUCGAGCGGAGCGAUGGCUGACGUCGCCGUCGAUGACGUGCGCCUGGCCCGCGGGGACGAAUGCAUCCAGCUGCGGCAGCAGGUCGAGACCAGCGACGAGACUGGGACCACGACGACCACCACUACAACGACCACCACGACGACCACAACCCCUUCGACCACUACAACUUCGACCACCUCCUCACCUGCUAGUCCGAAGACCGCUCCGACCACCUCCUCACCUGCUAGCCCGAACACCGCUCCGACCACCACCACGACCAACAUCACGACCACCAUCUCCCCGCCUGCUAUCUUAACGACCACCCCGACCACCACCACGACCGGUUCAACCUCGACGAUGACCAGUGUGCCUCCAACCGCCGCCAGGACCACCAGCACAUCCACUCCUCCUGCCACCACGACCACGACUGCUCCGUCUACCAACGCCGCCUCUACAACCACGCAAACAGAACCGUCUGCAGCUGCCAACGCAACCGGAGAAGCGGAAGCGACUGCGUCCACCGCUGGGGCACCUGGCACAACACCCAGCACAACGUCCAUGUCUACCGCCCACACUGAAGCUGAAGUUACACCCACAACUACCCUGCCCGUCACUGCGGGAACCCCCAACGCAACAGUAUCCUCCACCUCUGCCACAGAAAGCGAUGCCACUCAAACAAGCGAAGGACCAUUGCCUACGACCACUCCCCCUGCGGUCGUUUCUGAGAGCAGCCCUGCGACGAGCGGCACGACCACCUUUCGGACGACUACAGCAGCCCCUGUGCCACAGUCACAGCCCAGUACCACCCCUGUCGUAGUAACCACGACCGAGGGGACGGAAAACAAGACGUUACCAGUCAGUGCAAGUGAAGCCAUAACCUCAUCCUCAGGACCAGAGGCGACGUCCGCGGGCAUUCAGUCGACGACGACGCCUGCACAGCCGGUAACAAAGCCUACGACGACGACGGCGACGGCGACAACCCAACGGAAAAGCCUAUCCUGGUCUUCUCCCGCGCCUCCUUCGCCCACGCCGACGGCAAGUACCUCCCCGCCCCCCACCGCCUCCCCGGUGCCUUCCCCCAGCACGGCCUCCCUGCCCUCCGUGUCCGCGGGCGCGAAGGACUCCUCGACGUCCACCGCGACCAUUUCCCUCGUCGUGUUCGUGGUGGUCGCCGUCGUGGUCUCCGUCGCGGUGGGCGUGGGCGUGUACGUGUGGAGAGUCCGCCGGCAGGAGAAGCUGCCGGAGGACUCGGAGAUCCGGUUCCUGGCCCGGGACGAAGUGCAGAUGGACGGCAACAUCUUCAGCCUGGGGAGCACUCGGCCGCCCCGGAGCACGGUGGCCUGAGGGUGGCGAGGGCGGCCGGUCAGCUUGCACCAGGACUUCGACAUCGAUUUCGUGCUGGAAGCUAACUAGCCCCCGCAGGCAGACUUCGUGCGGCCGCGCCUCCGCGGAGGCCUUGUGCGAACCACAGACGAGGGCGACGCACUCAUCUCACGCUCACAGGAUGAAGGCUGGACAGAUUCAUUAAACCUUCACACAUACAUAUCCAUACACACGCACACACAACCACACACACACCCACAAACACACACACACACACACACACACACACAGACACACACACACACAACACACA